GACACGGUGCUGUUUAAUGAUACCAUCCAAUACAACAUUCGUUAUGGUCGUCGAGAUGCCACAGACGAUGAAGUGCGUCAAGCAGCUAUGCAAGCAGACAUUCACGAUCGGAUUCGCGAAUUUACUCAAACCUAUGAUACAGUGGUUGGUGAACGCGGUCUAAAGUUGAGUGGUGGGGAAAAGCAACGUGUUGCCAUAGCAAGAAACUUUCUGAAAAAUCCGCAAAUUUUAAUGCUGGACGAGGCAACUUCGGCUCUGGAUACAACUACAGAAAGAAAUAUUCAAGCCAGUUUGAACAAUAUUUCUCGCAAUCGAUCCACUUUGAUCGUCGCUCAUCGUCUUUCCACCAUCGUGCAUGCCGAUGAGAUUCUGAUGAUGCAUCAGGGUGAAGUGAUUGAACGCGGAACACACGACCAAUUGUUAGCCAUUCCCAACGGGCAGUACGCCGCCUUAUGGCGUGCACAAUCCGAGGCCCAUCCUGAAGCAGUCGAAUUGGAUCAAACGGAGGAAUCUGCCUCACUAGUCUCCGACGGUCAUAACAAUCCGGUCCGUGUGUGA